CGCAAAAAUAAAUAGAAGCAGCACAACAGAGCAUACCCUCAACACACGCACGUACGCACACAUGUGCACUUACACACACAUCACACUCAGGCUCUCACACACGCACACACAUGCAAGGGGCUGGCAGGCGGUAUAAAAGGGGUGUCUUUCCCAGUCCUCCGAGAAGUACUCUGCUCUUUUCUCUCACAAGCAGAAUCUCUGUCUUAUUUCAAGAUGACUGCGGGGGUGUGUGUGUGCGUGCUGCUGCUGGUUCUGUGUACAAGCUGCCUCGGACUGCCUCUCUCCUCCCAGCCUGCCGCCGGUGAGGACCGCCGGGGGGGCGCGGACCGCCGCGUGCCCGCCUCCGCCUCCUCUGAAGCUCUCCCUGACACCGACACCUCCUUGUCCGAGCCCCACGUACGCCACAGGCGGUCUGCCCCACAGAUGAACGCGGCCCCCCUGUCGCAGGAGGAGGGAAACCCCCGAGCCAACCUCAGCGAAAUGCUGGCUAGGCUAAUCUCCACCAGGAAAGGCUCGGUGCGGAGGGACAUGGCUGUGAGCAACCGGUCCAGUGGCGGGAUGAGCGCGGGCCACCGGAUAAAGGACCGGGAUUACCUGGGCUGGAUGGACUUCGGGCGCCGCAGCGCAGAGGAAUACGAGUAUUCCUCCUAAUGACGUCGUGACCCGGGCACGCACCGGCACGGGGGGA